GAAGGGAAGACACCACAAUCACGUGCGUCGGCUACGCUUAGGGGUAUCCGCUCCGCCACCGAGAUCUCGAGGUUUCUUGGAUCGAUCCGGCAAAUUAUAUACGCCUCAUAUUAUCUAAUCUGCAAGAGUCCCAGUCGUGUUUCCCGUCUCCUACGACUCGGAAUAGUGUGGUCUUCCUCUUCUCUCAACUGCUCUCUCUCAGAUCCACCAAUCUCCUCCCCACCUCUCCCCCCAGCCCCCAACCCCUCUUUUCCCAUCUUUCUUCUAAACCCACGCCCAAUCUCCUACAUUCUCAGGCGAAUCCCUCCAUUUCACCUCUUCCUACUGAUCUGAUCCCGAUCUCCUUCCAGAGAAGGAAGGAGGAAGAAUAGUAAUCAGAUAUAUAGUUGUAGAUCGGACAUAGAGGAGGAGGAGGAGAGAUGGGACGAGAAGGGAGCGGCGGCGGAGCAGAGGGGGGAGGAGGAGACGGCGGGGUGGUGCGGAAGGUGCUGCUUUCGUACGCAUAUGUGGCGAUCUGGAUCUUCCUCAGCUUCACGGUGAUCGUGUACAACAAGUACAUCCUCGACCCCAAGAUGUACAAUUGGCCCUUCCCCAUCAGCCUCACCAUGGUUCACAUGGCCUUCUGCUCCUCCCUCGCCGUCCUCCUCGUCCGCGUGCUCCGCCUGGUCGACCCGCCGUCCUCGCCGCCCAUGACUCGCGACCUCUAUGUCGCCUCCGUCGUCCCCAUCGGCGCGCUCUACUCCCUCUCCCUCUGGUUCUCCAACUCCGCCUACAUCUACCUCUCCGUCUCCUUCAUCCAGAUGCUCAAGGCUCUCAUGCCCGUCGCCGUCUACUCCAUCGGUGUCCUCCUCAAAAAGGAGUCGUUUAAGACCUCCUCCAUGCUCAACAUGCUCUCCAUCUCCUUGGGCGUCGCCGUCGCCGCUUACGGCGAGGCCCGCUUCGUCGCCUGGGGGGUCGCCCUCCAACUCGGCGCCGUCGCCUUCGAGGCCACCCGCCUCGUCCUCAUCCAGAUCCUCCUCACCUCCAAGGGCAUCUCCCUCAACCCCAUCACCUCCCUUUACUACGUCGCCCCCUGCUGCUUUGCCUUCCUCCUCGUCCCCUGGUUCGUCGUCGAGCUGCCCCUCCUCCGUAACAGGGCCUCCUUCCGCCCGGACCUCCUCGUCUUCAUCACCAACUCCUUCUGCGCCUUCGCUCUCAACCUCGCCGUCUUCCUCCUCGUCGGAAAGACCUCCGCCCUCACCAUGAACGUCGCCGGCGUCGUCAAGGACUGGCUCCUCAUCGCUUUCUCCUGGUCCGUCAUCCGCGACACCGUCACCCCCAUCAACCUCUUCGGCUACGGGAUCGCCUUCCUCGGCGUCGCCUACUACAAUCAUGUCAAGCUGCAGGCUCUCAAGGCCAAGGAGGCGGAGAAAAAGGCUCAGCAAGCUGAUGAGGAGGCCGGGAAACUUCUACAGGAGAUGAAAGGUGACCGGCAGAACGACUCUUGAGUCGUGAUCUGUAUCCAACAGACCCGAUCUACUUACCGAUUUUAUCAUGCAAUCAGGUUGAUUUCACAGAUAUUAGGGCAAAAAAAUAAUAAGAAGUGUUUUUUUCC